AGCUCGCGUUCUAGGUCCCGGAUUCACUUUUGUUGUGUAUGUGAUGUGCUUUGCCUUGCUCUCUGUGCAGGACUGUGAAUCAUGAAGUUUUGAUGACGAUUGCUUGAAUGGUAGUGAUGCCAAUGAGUUGCCGUGAAUGCUUGCGAUGACAGCAAGACAUUCUCGAACGGCCGUCCUCCUUUCCUUUUAGGGAGGACGAGUCGUGACGCCGCUUGCUUCAUCAGAAUGGCAUUUAAGAUUGGAAUGUGCAAAUUUAGUAAGUUGCACCUUGGAGACUUCAAAUCUUUCAUUCAAAGAAGAACUGCAAUGGAGCCGGAAGACAGUGAAGAUGGCGAAAAGACAGGAAUUUUCAACAACAUCAAACGUCGGUUUCGAAGAAGAUUUUCUCUUAUCAGAUCAAGAAGAUGUAAAAUGACAAAAUCUAACACUUUUAAUGCUAGUUCACAUGGUGGACGUUCUUCACUGGCUAGCUAUGAAUCUUCUACUGAUGAUACACCUGAGACUGCUGUUGAAAAUGAUUCUAAUGAAAAGAACCAAAGUCUUUCAGUACACUUAGUAGAGCUCUCUCGGUAUGAGUGGUAUUGGGGACCCAUAACACGAGAAGAUGCGGAAAAACAAUUAGCAAAUCAACCAGAAGGAUCAUUUUUGGUUAGAGAUUCUUCAAAUGAUCACUUCCUUCUGAGUGUAAGUUUUCGAUGCUCUGGACGCACAUUUCAUUCUAGGAUUUCCCACUCUGCUGGAAAAUUUAGUUUCUAUUCAGCAGAAAAAAAUGGUUUUAACAGCAUUCCUGAGUUGGUUCAGCAUUCCAUUAAUUCUUCUCAGUCCAAUGUAUUUUGUUAUUCAAGACCAAGGUCUCCUGGGCACCCAUCAUUUCCUGUGCGGCUUGCUAAACCGGUGUCCCGUAUUACACAUGUCCGCUCUCUUCAGUACCUGUGCCGCUUUGUCAUACGGCAGCAUAUCCGACGUGAUCAAAUUAGAGACUUACCUCUGCCCCCUCGUAUAUGUGACUAUAUUGAGCAGUCACAGUUUUAAUCAUAAAAAAUGUCUUGCUAAACCACCAUGUGACUUGCACACACUGAUAUGUAAGUGUUAAUAUUUGUAAUUUAGAUAAGGAUUUUUAUCACAAGAAAGUUAAUGAACAUGUUACUGUUUUAAAAAGUUUUGUUUAAUAUGAUCAGUGUGGCACACAAUUUAAUAACUAGUCAAAAAAUUAAUAGAUUCUUUCUAUUUGGUGUUAAAUUUGUUUGCUGCUGUGCCAAUUUGAUCAUGAAGGGUGUCUGAAAUAAUUAUGUAUUCUUCUGCCUUUAUAAGGCCAUGAGAGGUAUGUGAUAUUUGAUUAGAGUAAGUUUGGAAUUGGAUCAUUAAUUAUUCUUGGUGUGCCAGUGAAAUGAAAUGAAAUUUGAUAAGUGCAAUCAAAUAGCAGUAUUUUCUGUUUGCAUUUUAAAUUCUGCUUUAUUUUUUUAAUUUCAAAAAAACAUUUGUUUUGGAUGACUUGUGUCCCCAACAAACUAAGUCCGCCACCUACCCUCACUGACACACUUCAAUGAAUGUUGUGGCUAGUCAUUAGGUGUUGCCAGUAUGCCACAAAUCUGAAGUCUUCCUAACUGUCUAGGAAUUACUUCCCUCCCAACUUUACAACUUCUUUUUAACUUUCUUUACUCUUUUUCCUCUAGACUGUUUUCUUUCAUAAAAUUUCUAUUCUGGAAAAAUGGUUUAACUUGCAGCCAGAGACCAGAAACACUAGGAUAUUAUUUUUCUUAAUUCUAGUCUGUUAUCUAAUUGAGUAAUUUUUUUGUUGAUUGACUUGAAUCUCUUGACUCAUGAUUCACUCUCAACUUAGUAAAGGUUUUCUCUCCUAUUUUGGUAUGUAUAGACAAAUUGCGUUCAACGGAACCUGACUAAACAAAACUUGUUCACUACAAUAUUUUUUAGCAAAAUAUUUUUCAAUUAUAGUGAUUUCACUUGAUAUGAUAUUUUUAAUAAGCCUGAUUUAUUGUUUCUUCUUUGCUUGCUGACUUCAGUGUAUUGGUGAGAUUUUUUCAGCCUAGGAGUUGGCCUGUAUUAUUCGAUAGUUGAGUUGUUACAUAUUUGUCUACAAUGUUCAUUAGUUUUAUAAUUUGUUACAGUAAAGUUUCUUUUAAGAAAGAGAUAUACUCAAAUUGUUUGAGCUUUUAUGCUAGUUCAUCAGUAAAUGAACUGGAGUUUACAUUUGUUAAGUUGUGUUUUAGUUAUGACAUUUCUCAGUGAAUGUAUUGCUGUUUAGUUAGGGCAGUUUGCUUAUCCAGCUAUGAUGUGAAAUUAUAUUAGCUGCUUACGUUCUCUGGAAAAUAAAUAAGUAAUCCUUUA